GCCGUUAGAGAAGCAAAAUCUCAGGUGUCGUUUGUGGUCGCUCUCAGGGGGCCGCCAGAGACCCCCGGCAACUCAGAGCGUCACGAAGUAAUGGCGACACCAGCAGCAGCAUGUAUCACGGCAGAGCUUUCCGUGCCGGGCGCCCCUUGAGGAAACGCCAGGACAGUGAGGAUGAGAUACAGCUGGACACUGGGCGCGGAGUGUCUGGCGUGCUGCGUGAAGUGCUGUCUGUGGUGUGCCAGCAUAACGGCAUUCCCAAGAGCCGCCGCCUGGGCUACCUCAAUGAAGCAGUGAGGGCCAUAGUCAAGAUCCUCUCCCUCAACCAGACCAAGAAGUCUCCGCUCACAGAAGAGCCCAGUGACCCACCCGAGGAACGCGUGCCUGCCACUCUCCCUCCAGCUACCUUGGACUUUGGGGAGGAGGAGUUCACACGGGAGCAGUACUUCUGUCUGUUAAGAUGCUGUCUAGUCCAGGAUGGGAGGGAGAUCCGUGCCGGUGGGCUGCGGCUGCUUCGAUACCUCAUAUUUACAAAAGAAGAUGUGCAAGCUCUCAUGGCCGUCAAUGUUAUACCUCUUAUUAUCAGGUGUAUGGACAUCAUGCUGGACAACCAGGUGGAGCGGGUGCAGGCACUGCGUUUGGCCCGCCGCCUCCUGAUGGUGGCGCCAGAUCUGUUCCCUUUGUCCCUUGCCCGCUGCCUGGUGGCCAUCGCACGGGACGGGGCCAAAGAGAGGGACAGGCUGCUGAGGUCAGCGCUGGCAACACUCAACGAAAUGGCCAUACUGAACACCCAAGUGUUUGUGGAGUGUGGUGGUGUGGGUGUGGUGCUGCACAACGUGCUGGACUGUGCCAUGCCACGCAUCAAUGAGGCGCUGCUGGGGGCCAUCCUCUACCUCCUUAACACCCCGCAGUGGCGGCCACACUGCAGCGAGCUGCACCAGAUUCUGGCGCCUUUCUCAGACUUCAAUUACAAGCACACCAGCUAUGACCUGGACUACUACAGCAAGAGUGAGGAGCGUGAGCUUCGCACUCAGGCAGCCAAGCUGGCAGUGCUAGUGUGCCUGCGCAGCUGGCCAGGUCUGGUGUCCCUCUGUCAGCCCAGCACUGCAGCCCUCAAGUCCCUUGUUGCUCUGCUGUACCCAAACCAUGAAGAAACCAGGAAAGCCAUCAUUGAGCUGCUAUACGAGUUGUUCCGGGUGCCUCUUGUGGACUGGACCGGGGAUUACGAUGAGGCGCUGGCCACCUACAAGAACCUGUCUGCCUCCGACACAGACUUGUGGAGACUGCAUGAAAGUUUUGUUGCAGCUGAGGCACGGGCCAUCCUGCCACACAUAGCCAAGUACAGGCCAAAUGUCAUCCAGAAUCACUUGGCUCUGGUUCUGUACACCAUGAUGUGUGUAGACUUGUUUCCUGCCCUGUGUGAGGUGAUUGUGUCCAGCUCUGCCCCGCUGUCAGUGAGGACCACUCUGCUGCUUGGGGAGCUCCUGCAUCAGGCAAACCAGAACUUGCCGGGGGAGUGCGGGUCACUGUCACACUGCCUGCCCCUGCUGCUGGAGCGUGCCGCCGGCAGCGACUCCCUCCAGCGCAUGCGAGCCACCCAGGCCAUCACAGCACUGCUCAUGCUGUCCCGCUCAAAGCUCAGUGCCUCCUGCAGCAACCCUACCUCUCUCUAUCUGGCUCAGAUCAUCAACGCUGCACCCAAGGCAAAGGACGCCACCCCUAAGAGGUUCAAUGAAGCACACAGUGCAAGGCUUAGCAAGUGGCUGGGGAAGGACCACGACGAGCUAAUCAGCCAGACCAUGAAGGACUCCCACGUCCUGAUCGGUGGACAGGAUCCUCAUGUGUGGAAGUGGGAACUCAUCAUUGCAGUGCUCAGGUGGCCAUCGCUGUCGCUGCAUCGGCUGGAGGAGAGCAACUACCGCCUCUUUGUGAAGCGGCUCCUGCACUUCUACAAGCCAAGUGCAAACCUCUUCUCCAGCGUGGACGUCACCCAUGACCAGGCACAAGUGUAUGCUCAAACCCUCCUGCACUUCUGUGACUUCCUGCUUGGUGCUCCUGAGGAUGAAUGUAUCAAGUACCUGGAGGAGCUGCUGGUGGACAUCAGCACCCACCUGUCCAGCGUGUUGUGUGAGCGGCCCGCACAUGAUGUGAUAAUGUCGCCCUCCCACCUCAACACCACCACGGCGCAGUACUACUUCCUGGCGCUGGGCAGACUGACCCACUCUGCUCAGGGACACGAGAUGCUGAUGAAGUCUGGCAUCCUAGAGCAGCUGCAGGAGUUGGUGAGUGUGUCUGAGAGUGACAUGUACGCCAAGCUGGUGUCCACCUGUCUGCAUUACUCGGGUAACAAGCCCAACAGGGCCAUUUUAACCAAGAUCCUGACUGGGUGCCAAGAGUCGGCACGUCUGUACGGCACUCAACUGCUGCGUGCCUUUGCCAGGGUGGGGGCCGAGGAGUUCGCCCAGUGGGGGAUGGAGCUCCUGGUAGGGCAGCUGUACGAUGAGAGCCGAGUUGUGUCCCUGGCGGCGCUGGAGGUGCUGGAUGAGGCCUGUGACAAUGAGGAGUACCUCGAGGCAGUGCUGUGUGCGCCGCCCUCCGUGACACACCUUGGGGACCGUGGGCAGCUGCUCCUGGUGAAGCUAGUCUCCUCCCCCAGGGGCUUCAGGGCAUACCAGGAGGCAAACUUCAUCAACACCAUGCUGGACAAGUGGGCAACAACAUACAGCUACAAGUACGUGAGGAUGAUGCAGCUGGCCAUUGCAGACUCCAUCACACAGCACCAGCGUGGGGAGGAUGGCCAGUACGGGAGGCGCACAGGCAGCAAGCAUGUGGUUCACGAUGUGUUCCUGAUGCCUCACCUGUACGGCUCCCUCACACAGCACAAGGAGGGCUUUGCCGCAUUGAUGCAGCAUGAGGCUGUCAAGACCAUGGUGCAGGUGGUGAAGACCGGGGCUACCUCAACACCACAGGAGAUCUUCCAGCUGAAGGUGGCAGUGUGGGCGAUGGGGCACAUAGGGCUGAGCAGUGACGGUGCUGGCUUCCUCAGCUGCGAAGGAGUCCUGCGCUCUGUCACCCACCUGGCUGCCUCCUGCCCGGUGUACUCUGUGCGUGGCGUGUGCUUCCAUGCCCUGUGUCUUGUGGCCACCACCAAGGAGGGCGUUACACAGCUCCGCAAAUAUGGAUGGGAGUGUGUGCAGCGCAACCACCAUGAGCAGUGGCAGAUGGUGGACGAGAUGGAGGGCUGGUCAGCACCUCAAGGCCAGGUGGAGGACCCUUACUUUGGGGCCACCAACAACCACCAUGUCUCUGAGAGUGAAGUGGAGGACCUUGACCUGCCAAAGGCGGGCUUCUACGUGGGUGACGACUCAGAGGACGGCAGUGAUGGCGGCUCCAUCCUGGUGGAGGGCAUAGGCUUGGAUGACGCUUACCCCGCUGCAGGCAAAAGUCAGACUCUACCUCACAAAUCCAAGCCGCCCUCUGCCAUGUGUCACAAACGCAGCUUCUCGGACUGUGCACCCGUGCUGGAGGAACUCACCUCAGACACCUCGCAGAUCCCUCCCUCUCACGAUGACCUGAGUGUCCAGAAGAGGUCAUCACUGCGGUUCAGGUUCCUGGCCAGCAUGCGGAGGAAGUCGGAGCGGCGGCGGGAGUCAACCAGCAGCCGGGCAAGCAACUCCUCCACGGCUUCUGAGCGCAUGACGGACCGCAUGACGGCCUUCCUGCAGUCAGCACGGCGCAUCCGAGGGGUCAGCUCCCGCAGCCACUCCCUCACCGACCCCACUGGCUCCGACGAGGAGACUGGCGAGCAGCCCGGCACCCUCAGCUCGGACUCCCUCUCAGACCCUGCUGAUGUGUCAGCUGCCGAACUGCCCCACGACGGUCCCACCCAUCAUCCCAAGGAGCAGCAGGAAGACACCCCAACCCUACUGCCUUCCAGGACCCAGGUGGAAUGCCGUCUGAGCCCCAUUGCCAGCGGAACCUCACUAGUCACCCUUGGCUCCCAAUCCAUGGCUGAAGGCUCAGAGUUCAGGAGAGGGGGGCGGGGCGGCUCCAUCAGGGGGUCCAGCGGGGCACUGUUUGCAGAGGACGCUGGGGACCGAGGCGGCAGCACCACCCCAAUACUAAUACCUGGCUCAGGGGUGGUGACCAGUCAGCCACUGUCCACACAGAGUUACUUCACCCUGCGCUCUAUCACCAACCAGCGUCGGGUGGUGUCGGAGUCCAGCCAUGAGGAGAAGCCCACCAGGAACUCACUCAAGGGCUUCCUUUCCUCCAGCUACGAACAUGGUGGCGGCCAGUUCAUGUCUAACCUGCUGGAUGUGCAGGGGCUAGUGCGCUCCCCCUCAGGAUGCAGCGAGGUGUCCUCAGUGCGCUCUGGGGUGCGGGGCAUUGGGCUGGGGCCAAGCAGCAGCAGCAGGGCACUGGGCAGCUACAACCUGAUUGGAGCAACACAGCACCAGGCAGGCCAGUGCUACAUUGGCUUUGCUCUGCCUCUGGACCUGGACCUCCUUCUCUAUGACGCCUCCUUGGACAAGAACGUUGGGCAGGGAGAGGCAGGACAGAUGGCCGCCACUGGCAACACCCCUGGCAAGGACAGGUUCCCUGCAAUCACUGAGUCUGAACUUGAAACACAGUCUGAAGAAGAUCCAGAGAAAAAGAAAGCUGGAAGCCCCAAGAAGAAAACUGAUGACACCAAAACCUCCAAGGUGAUUCAUGGGAAUGGUCUGGAGCUGCACAGCCCUCACAGCUGCCUGGCCUGCUACACACUCACUCCCCCCACACCCCCACCCACUCCAAAGGCAGCAGGCGAGGGUGAAGGCGAGGCGCCUGAGGCAGAUGUAGUGCUGGUGUCUCCGCCUCUGCAGCGUGUGAAGGCAAUCAGCGAGGCGUCUGAGGCAUCUGACCCAUCCAGCGUCAACAGCCAGGGGUGGGAGGACACAGGUGAGGUGAAGUAUGGGCCAGAGCGCGUCAACCAGGUGCUCUUCAGGAAGGAGGUGCUGCGCUUCAUCACCAACUUGUUGUCUUCCAUUGCUGCAAAGUCUUCAGAGGCAGGACUGCUGACACUGAAGCAGCGGUGGCCUGCAGGUUUCAAGGACGUCUGCCUUUAUGCGGAGAUCUGUCAGAUCCUUGCCUCCUACAACUACCGGCUGACAGCGCGGCGCUUCAUCCAGGAACUCUUCAUGGACAUGGUGUUUACUGAGGUGUACGAUGAAGCAUCACGCAUCCUGAAGCAACAGUUCGAGGGGCUGUGCGAGACCACCAACCCGGCAGUGCAGGAGAUGCCCGCCAAGAUUGUCUCCUCCCUGCAGCCUCCCACCAUGGCAGACAUCGCGGAGGUGACUCUCUCGGACAAGUCAGACCGGGAGGAGGACUGCUAGCGGCCCUGUGUGCUGACACUCAGAGGACCAGUACUGCAGCUCUGCCAGUUUGUUGUUAAGUUGCUAUGACGAAGCAGCAUCUGUGAAUGUAAAUGUAAGACAAGUAAACUAAGGUAGAACUGGAAGUGGGGACUUUUAGUUGUAUUCAUAUUGAUAAAAAAAAGCUAAAGUGAAGAAAAACAGGCCUAGCUAAGAAAUAGGAGUGUUGAGAGUUGGAAAGAUCAGUUGUAUUCUAAUUAACUCACUAUAAAAAACUUUAUAGUAAGAACUGAAAAAAGGCAGGCCUGAGUGUGAAUAUAAACUGUCAUUAUUACUAAGUGUUGUGCAAUGUGUGAAGCCUCUUGGGUGAAGAAGAUGAGGCAUGAAACAAUGUGUGUAAACGUUAAGUAGCUGUAAGGAAUUUAACAACUAGAGUGAUAAUGAAUCAUGACUAUUAACUUAGAGAGAGAGAAUCAUAAGCAAGGCAAUAAAGUGAAUAAACAACUACGAUAGGAAAUAAAUACGAAAGACAAUAAAAGUAAAAACGAACCUGUGAGAUGACUUGAGCAUGAAAACACACACAAGGAAGGAAACAUGCUAAGUGACAAGAGAAGGCAGCAGCAUUCAGACAAUACAUGACCUCACAGAUGCAAAAUAAAGUGGCUUAUGCUAUAGAUUCUCACAUUGUAAACCUCUGAUCCUGUUGUGUGACUGAGUUUAAAAUGUUCACAAGUGAGCUGUUAGAAUAAGCAGAAUGGUGGCGCGUGUUAAUUUAUAAGGUAUGAUUGAGCACCUUUGUUGAGUGAGUACUUACGUGUGGCUCUCCUAUCUGUAAUGCUGGGCGGCUUCGUCAGUUCAGUUAGGUGUGUUGUGCAUCCGUGUCGUCUUCCCACUGAGGAGGAUGGUCUGCAAGGAGGAUGCAGGUGUUGUGUCAUUGGCAGGUAGCUAAUGAUGUCUGGACUCGUCUCUGUGUUAGGCUAUCUUGCAGGAUUCACUUUGAGCAAUGCUGUUUUUUGUCAGUGGUGGCAUUUUGUUAGUGUUUUUUGUAUGGUACAUUUCCUUAAUCUAUUUCCUCAUCAGUAUUUCUCCUUCCUGGCCCACGGGCACUAACUGUGAGUGAAUCCUUGUUCAUGGAUGAGCUUCACUCCCUGAAUUCCCUUAAAAUUAGGAACAACAGAAGAUUAGUUAUUUUAUUCAAUCCAUUUUUGGAUGUGAGAUAGAGUUUUACUUGUAAAAAUCUAAGUGCAAAUUAUGCAUUCAUAUUUGAAGAAAGGUCUAUUACUUAAUAGAAAACUUUGAAUUUUCAGUGUUCAUGAAUGAAGAUCCACAUGUAUUAUCCAUCUCCCAGUGCCUAUUUCAGUGUCAGUCAUCAUUCUUCAAUAAACCCUUUACUCCUUCCUGUAGCUUCACCAUCAAUACUCAAUACAGUCUCAUGCAAGAAACCUUUCAGUCACCAAUGAUUUUACCACUUUUAAGCUGCCACACACCUAUACAGACAGACAGUCUAGACAACUCACGUCUCACUGAUACAUAUAUAUCCUAUCUCAACAAUUUUCUUAAUGAAUAAUCACAUAAAGUUGCCAUGAAGUACCUAGGAAUUCUGUAACCUGCAUUUUGUCUUCCCUUGAACCACCGAAACAAUUCUGGGUCGUAAAGAAAUUGUUAAGUGCUUCAUUUUUUUGUGGCGGUUGGUCAGAUUUAAUAUUUUAAGGUUAUUUAUUCUGUUUGUAUGUGUUUGGUGUGAAAGGGAGUGAGUGAGAAUGUGUUUUGUGUGUGUAUCAGAGAGAUUAAGUAUAAAUGAAUGAGUGUGUGUAUUGUGGGUAUGAAAAGGGAGUACGAGGGUGUGUGUGUGUGUGUGUGUGUGUGUGUGUGUGUGUGUGUGUGUGUGUGUGUGUGUGUGUGUGUGUGUGUGUGUCUGAGCAUCAUAGAGAAAUAUAUCAAGUUGGCAGAGGCUUAUGAAGUCCUUGCCUGUUAAUUUAGCACCCCCAUCCUUUUCCUCCCCCGCUAGUCCUGAGUGAGUGUUUUCCCUGUUUAUCCUUGCAUCCGUCAGCUUUCCUCAGCCUGAUGGGAAUACCAAAGAUUUUGUGUACUAGAUGUAAUUCUCUGGGCUGACAAGUCCUCGGUUACUCUUCCUCCUAAGGGACUUGACCACUUAACCAGACUAUUCGUAAACUCCCCCUCUAUUGAUGUAAAAAGUACCUAUCAAAUGUUUCGCCAUUUGUCGUCAACUGUGAAAUUUGCCGUCUUCGUCGUGUUUAUGAGAAUUCUUGAUUUUGUGUGAUUGUGCUAAACCAUUUUUGCGUCAUUCGUAUUAACCAAACUUUAUCUUUAUCCCUUCCAUUGAUGUACGAGUAUCUAGCGUGGAGUGUGAUAUUGACUCUGCCUUCUCAUAUGUUAUAUCUUGUUUUCCCAGAACUUUUUGAGUUAUUCUCCUAUCAUAUCUUGUUUUCCCAGUACUUUUUAAGCCACUCUUAUCAUAUCAUGUUUUCCUAGUACUUUUUAUGCCAUUCUCUUAUCUUUUUUUUCGUUAUUAUUUGUUAAGUUUCUAUAUAUUUGCUUCUUUUUUCUCCUCAAUUCUUUGUUUUCCCACUCUUCCUUCAUUCUUCAGACUCUUACUUUUCAAUAUUCUUCAGGCUUUUCUACUUUUCUAAUUCUUUACAUUUUCCUACUUUCCCUACAUUCUUCAGACUUUCUAAGAUGCUGUUUGCUGCUUAAUUUCUGCUUUAUUGACACAAAGAACAGGGUACAGCCAGACACACUUUCUCACUAACAGUAACUAAUUCGCUUUGCCAUUCUUUACUGCAAUACCUGCAUAAUAUAUUAGUUUAGUAGUCAGUUCAUCACCUAUCUAGUUUCAUCAAAUUAAAAGGACAACAAACAGUGAAAUAGUUAAGAACGCUUUUGUCUUGCCUGAGUUGUUUGUAAAGUAAUCUUUCCUGAUCAAUUUGUGUGUAAAAUGUGGUGGUGAGAACAAGCUUUGGAUGAAAUGGUAGUACGUUAGUUAAGUUCACUCAUCUAUACUUUCUUCUUUCCACUCGCCUAUACAGAAUGAAAUGGUAGUGUGUUAUUAAUGUCUCCUGUUGCCUCCUUCAGUGUGUGCAACAGGCAAAACAUUAAAUUACAUCUGCUUCAUCCCAUUUUUUUCUUUCACAGUACUUUAUAUUCCUUUAUGUUCCAACGUUGUCUCCUUUAGAGUGUGUACAACAGACGAAAACAAAGUACUUCUGUUUCGUAAAGCAUUUCCUCUCACCGCCACACUCCACUUGCAUCUUAUUCACACUUUUUACAAUGGACUUUUAUAAUGUACACUAUUUUAGGCCUGAUUUCUCCUUCACUGAAUGGUUAAAAAAUGUGGUGAAUGAUGCUAUUUUUUUCCUAAUGCUACGCUUGAUCAUGAGGCAAUGAAGACUAUGGGAAGUGUGAGAUAAUGAUUUGUUUGCUCACAUUUCCCUGCCAGUGCACCGUGCCAUGUAGAAGCACACACCUUGACAAGUUACCAUUCCUGUGCAAAUGUAUUACUAAUGUACGCAAGUCAUCCCCGUGAAUCCUAGUUAAGUACUGCACUGUCAUUACAUUUACCUGUGUUAUGUAUUCCAGUGUUAGUGUAAUUUUUACUGUUAGUGACUUUAGACGAAUACUCGUAACGUAGCAUACAUUAUUAGGCUUUGAGAACCUCUUGUGAGAUCUUAUGCUGUGUGUUGAGCCUUGCACCGUAUCACUAAGCGAGGGAAAGUUGAUAUGAAGUACUCAGAUUUAUUUUCAUCCUGCUAAGUAACAUGUGACUAGUGCCUCAAAGCAGAUGAAUGGAGAAUGUAAUGGAAUGUGUAAUGAGUGCAUGAGGAAAGUGACAUGUGGCGUAGUGCAGAAGGUUGUGAAGGAUGUGAUGCGUCCAUAGCCAGAAACGUCAAGAGUCAUAACUCGUGGCGCGCAAGAUUUGUCGUGAGAGAAAGACAGUAACGGUAAAAAGAAAACAUGACAUUGUGCCUUGCCCUUUUUUUCAGUGGUACUCAUUUGUGAUUGUGAUGCACAAGGUAAAUGUUUAAGAGUUAAGUAUAUAGUAGUGUGGAUUCAAGUGAUUCCUAGGACGUAGUGUAACAGUUGAAGUGCAGUGUGGAAAAAUUUAACUACAUCUGUGUUUUAGCAAUUACAGUGAAGUUGAGAUGGCCUUGGAAGAUAAGAUAGUCUGGAAGUGUUAUGUAGUGUGCAGUGCCUAAGACUCCUGUAGAGCAGUAUCUUGAAGGGAGAGGGAAGGGUUUGGGACACAGACAGAGAGACAAACACACACAAAGAGAACCUGGUUGUGUGUUGGCAGUGACUUGGCAGUGACUCGAGUGUGUUUCAUGAGCUCAGUGUGUUUCUCCCAACUGGUGGAGGUUGUUGGAUCACUGUUGGGUCACUGUUGAUGUGCAUCUUAAUUUGGCAAUGGGGAAGAGAGUUGAUUGAGAUGCAGUGUGUGGCGAGUAUGCUGUUACUUGUGUUAGUGCGUCGUGCUGUGUUGCGAGCCAAUGGUUGUGUUGUGUUCCGUGAGUUGUUCCUGCUUGGUUGCAUUUAUGAGUGGUAGUCUGCAGCGAGGGGAAGUGUUUGGUUAUCUAGUGUUCUCUUUUGUAGAGUUGAAUGUUACACAAGUUCACUAGUCUUAAUUGAUGCUGUUUCUUCCAUUUAGUCUCAGAAGGACACAAUGUGGCAGGUCUGUACCAAGUGCAAGUCCUGAACAUCGCCUUGGUCUUCUUUUAGCUAACUUAGGCAGCUAAUUUCUUCUGUAUAAAGUACCUUGAGUGGUGCAGGUAAGGAACACUGAUUGGAGAAUGUACCUGAAGCUUGACCAAAUAACUGAAGUGUACCAUUGCCACUGAGUCUGAGCCCAGUGUUCCCCUCCUGUCUGUGUAGCUCCUCAGUUCCACAAUUCUGUGCCAACCCGUGACUGAUCAAGUUAACCAAAGGGACAAACGUGAUGCGUGUCAUUCAAACCUUGUUAAUUCGUGCAUAAUUUAGGCGUGUCAGAGUCUCAUUCAACCAUUCCAUGUGUCACAACAACUCAGCAGUUAACAAGUGCAAACUGGAUGAUUGAGCGCCCUUCUGGCAGUCUAUCUUAUUCCUUUGUUGUUACUGGAAAGUAUGGCCCUUGUUGCAACCUGUGUAAAAUAAAUGAGUAACACAUU